UCCCCUGUGCUGGGCGAUGAGUGGGAUCGUCCGGGCCGUACAAAGACUGAGCAUGCGCACUGCUUCCGGGCUCUUACUGUAGGUCACUGUAUGGUCGUCGGGUCCUUCUGCGUGUCACUGACUUGCACAGCUGUAGGUAUCUCGGGUGUCUUUUAUGAAUAAUCCAAAGCAGCAGAAGCCAACGCUAACUGGCCAGCGUUUUAAAACUAGGAAAAGAGAUGAAAAAGAGAAGUUUGAGCCUACUCAGUUCCAAGAUUCUAUUAUCCAAGGUUUGAAUGAAAAUGGCAGUGACUUGGAAGCUGUAACAAAAUUUCUUGAUGCUUCUGGAGCAAAGCUUGACUAUCGUCGCUAUGCCGAGACCCUAUUUGAUAUCUUGGUGGCCGGUGGGAUGCUGGCUCCAGGUGGUACCCUUGCUGAUAACGUGACCCGUACAGAUGUCUGUGUGUUUGCUGCUCAAGAAAACCUGGAGACAAUACGUGCAUAUGCUCAGGUGUUCAAUAAAUUGAUCAGGCGUUACAAGUACCUGGAGAGAGGAUUUGAAGAUGAGAUAAAGAAGUUGCUGCUAUUCCUGAAGGGAUUCACAGAAUCUGAACGAACUAAGUUAGCAAUGCUGACUGGGAUUUUGUUAAGCAAUGGAACAUUAUCAUCCUCUAUUUUGAGCAGUCUGUUUAAUGAAAACUUGGUUAAGGAAGGUGUUUCAGCAGCAUUUGCUGUAAAACUGUUCAAAUCCUGGAUAUCUGAAAAAGACAUUAAUGCUGUUGCUGGGAGCCUUCGCAAGGUCAGCAUGGACAACAGAUUACUGGAGUUAUUUCCAGCUAACAAACAAAGUUUUGAUCACUUUGUCAAAUAUUUCACUGAUGCUGGUUUAAAGGAACUUGCUGAUUUUGUCCGCAACCAGCAAUCUCUUGGUGCACGGAAGGAGCUACAGAAGGAGCUCCAAGAUCAAAUGGCCCGUGGUGAUCCCCUCAAAGAGAUUAUCACAUAUGCCAAAGAGGAGAUGAAGAAAAACAGCAUCUCUGAACAGACUAUGAUCAGUAUUGUUUGGAACUGUGUAAUGGGUGCUGUGGAAUGGAACAAGAAGGAGGAACUGCUAACAGAACAAGCCAUUAAGCACUUAAAGCAAUACAGCCCUCUCCUUGCUGCCUUUACCACCCAAGGUCAAUCAGAGCUGACGUUGCUGCUGAAGAUUCAGGAAUAUUGUUAUGACAACAUUCAGUUCAUAAAGGCCUUUCAAAAAAUUGUGGUGCUUUUUUACAAAGCUGAUGUCCUGAGUGAGGAAGCAAUUUUGAAGUGGUACAGAGAGCCCAAUAUGGCAAAAGGGAGAAGCAUUUUCCUGGAGCAGAUGAAGAAAUUUGUUGAAUGGCUCAAGAAUGCUGAAGAAGAAUCAGAGUCUGAAAGUGAAGAGGACUGAAACUAACUCAAUUGAAAUCAUGUUCUGUAUUUUUAAUAAACAACAGGGGUUGUAGAGUUGAAUUUCAGAGUUCAGAAAUUGAUUUGGCAUUCUACCUCCUGUAUUUUCUACUGUAAUAUCUAGAUGUAAAUUAAGGGCUUUACAGUGAUCACACUGGUUUGUUUUAAUUUCAUUUUCUAUAUAAUAAAAGUUAUUGCUGGCA